AUGGAGAACGUGGAGGAGGAGGCAAACCCAGAGCUGGUGCUAGAGCCUCCGGAGUCGCCCCGGCCAUCGAGGGUGUUCACGUGCGGUUACUGCCAGAGGAAGUUCUGCAGCUCUCAGGCGUUGGGCGGCCACCAGAACGCGCACAGGUACGAGCGGAGCCUCGCCAGGCAUAACCUCGAGGAAGAAGGCCGGCAGAGGGCGAUAGCGGCCGGAGCAGCAGCGAGAGGAAGAGAUGGAGACAAAGAGAAAGGCAUAGACUUGUCUUUGAGGCUUUGA